AAGCGAGUUAUAAAAUGCCAGGGAGGAAGCAUAGACGAGACAAAAGUGAAAUAAGUUGUUGUUUAAAGUAUUUAAUAUUUGGCUUUAAUGUUAUAUUUUGGCUUAUAGGUUUAGCAAUCUUAGUCAUUGGAGUCUGGGCAUGGACAGAGAAAGAUAUUUUCAACAAUUUGAGUCGACUGACAAACAUUGCUCUUGAUCCUGCUUUUAUAUUAGUUCUCGUGGGAACUAUUACUUUUACAAUUGGGUUCACUGGAUGUGUAGGAGCUCUUCGAGAAAAUACGUGUUUAUUAGCAGCAUAUGCCAUAUUUCUGGCCAUUCUGCUGCUACUAGAAAUGACUGCUGGAAUCUUGGGCUUUAUUUUCAAGGAUUGGAUAAAGAAUCAGGCAACUGGUGGUUUUCAGGCAUUUAUUAUACACUACAGAGAUGAUCCUGAUCGACAGAACCUUAUAGAUUGGAUUCAGGAAGAAUGGCUAGAAUGUUGUGGUAUUGAAGGGCCAAAAGACUGGGACAUGAAUAACUAUUUCAACUGCUCAAGUGUUGAAAUAGGAAGUCGUGAAGCCUGUGGAGUACCAUUUUCUUGCUGUAAACGCCAACCAAAUGAGAUGAUUAAAAACAAGCAAUGUGGAUAUGAUGUAAGAAAAAGAGAUUAUGCUGGUGACAAAUCGUCAGUUGUUUAUGAAAAGGGGUGCUUAAGAGCUGGUGAGGAGUGGAUAGAAGCUAACCUAGUGCCGGUGGCGGGGGUGGCAGUAGGGGUUGCAGUGUUACAGAUACUGGGAAUUUGUUUUGCACAGAAUCUUCGAGCUGAUAUCUUUGCCCAGAAAGCCAAGUGGCACUAGCACAUCUGUGAUAGAUUAUCUACAGUAAAUACAUCCACUCAGAAUGGUGUUCAUCAUAUUUUUAAUAUUAUUAAUACUGAAGUAGUGAGUGAAAAACUUUGUGCUGUGGUUCUACUUUUUUGUUAAUAUUGGUUACAGUUGAGAUUCUGUUAUAAAUGAUAAUUUAUUGUUACUAUAAACAUUAAACUAUCUAAAACUUUCCAUCUGUCUCUCUGAUUUUUGAAGUAUUUUUUCCUCUAGGUUUGAAUAUUUGUUUUACACGUAUAAGUGAGGAUGUAAAGUUUUUUAUACUUGUAAUUUCUUAAAGCUCUUUGACAUUUUACUUAGCUUGUUAAGGUUUAAGAAUAACAAGUAGAAAAUUACAGUAAAACACAUCUCUUAACUAAAGCAAAAUUUUUUUUAAAAACAGCUUAGUUUGUAUAAAUGUGGAGUAGUGAAUUUAGAGUACUGUAUGCUCUAUCAUAUAAAGUAUAUAUGGGUUUAGAAUUUUUGUUGUGGUCAAAUACCUUAAACAACUUACAUCUUUCUUUGUUUUUAUAUAUGUUUGAGCUGGCUUAUGAGAUAGCCGAUGCUGAUAGAACGUGUAUGUUGGUUUUUGUUUGGACCUCCAUACAUAUGCACAACUAAGAUGUAUAUAUUUUAAAAAAGCAGCAAUUGUAUGUCUCCAUAAAGGAACACAGUAUGAGAGAUGUCACAAAAUUUUUGUACAACUAGUUUUAUAACAUGACAGUCAUUUCAAAUAUAUCUGACGAUGAAAUGGCCUUAUACAUAUUUUUUUUAACAAAUUUAUAGCAGCAUUUUUUUUUCUUUUCCAGUGACAUUAAAUGUCAUUAAAUUGGCUGUAACUUAAAAUAUACAGAAGAAAACAAUACAAAACUGUCUGUAUUUUCCUUGAACCAUAAUAUAAAUCUAACAACCAGAACAAAACAAGGAUCAUCACUAGACGUAUAUAACCUAGAUAUAAAUUAGUUAUUUUAAUGCUGUAAAGUAAUAUCCAACUUUUAUUUUUAUUCUACCUUGAAAUUUUGGACAUAUUUCUGUAGGUAAUUUCAGUGCCAAAAUUUACUUUUCACUCUAGUAGUAUGUCUUUUAUAAAACAUUUCAGUAUGUUCAUUGUACCUUACUAUAACUGAGUGAAGACAUUCAGUAACAGUGCUCUCAUGUUUUCUUAAUUUGAAAUUUUACUCAUCAUGUUAUGCUUUGCAAAUAGAAUAUAAAAUGUCAUCAGUAUGCUUUCCCCAUUCUAUGUAUCCUUGAAUGAAGACAUCUUUCCCACAAAUAUGUACUUUAUUAUUUAAUUUUUCUUGACCAGAGUAGCAUUAUGAAUGACAGUAGUAAAAUAUAAGGUAGAAAAACAUUUUAAAACAAAUUUGCUGCUUUAUAACAUAAGUUAGAUUUAACUAUACUAGUCUAGUUGAAAAAUAAUUUGGUAAAAAGAGGAUUUUUUUAUGAUAAAAAUUUAAAUUUAUCAUUCAAAAUGAAAAUUCUGUUUUUUUUUCCCAGCUGAACUAAUUAAAGAUAAUUCCUGGAUAUUUUACUUUAAUCAAAGCAUUUUUAUAUUAACAGUGUUUAAUUAUAAUAUUACUUAUCCCUCCUCAAACAUAUUCAUCACUUAUUAACUGUUUAAAAUAAAUUAAUGAAUUAUAUCUUGUUUGGCAAAUAGUAAGUAUAUUUACUUAGUAUUUGAUCUAGUCCAUCUUUUUUCUCUUUUUUUUCUCAAUCGUGAAAAACAAAUACUUGUUUGCCUCUAAUUUUGUGUUACUUAUUAUGGUGGCACUAAAGUUCUUUCACUAGUAACUGCUAUAUCUGGGUGACUUAGUCAGUUAAUUAACAUUAUUGAUUAUCUAUGUUCCGAUAUUGUCAAUUACUGUCUCAUAACUUAAUUGAUUAAUGUCAUGAAAAUAAUCAGCUAAUUGAAAUUAGUGUUUCUGAUUAUUCCAACAAUGAUUAAUUUAAAUUAUGAUUAAAUAAUUUGCUAUGAAAAUGAUCAUAUAAUCAGAUUUAAAGCUUUUAAAUAUAUACUGUUUUUGAUUAUUCCAACUACCUAAGUAGUUUAAAUAGUGUGCAUUAUGUUUGUUUGUGGUUAAGCAGAAAACUAUGUAAUUAGCAGGUUAGAAAAUACCUCAUGAUUCGAGUGAUUUCCACUGCCACUAAACUUGCUUGUCCAAUCUUUGUCAAUAACGUUGGACUUCUGACUAGAAGGAAGGCAUCUGACUGAUAGCACUCAUUGCCAAUUCUCUGGCUAGUAAGUGUUAAAUGGAGUGUAUAUUUACUGGUUUUUUUACAUUGUAUCCAAUUUAUAAUUUUAUAACUGUAUUCUUUAAUGUCAUAUAAGCAAGUGCAGAUCUGACAGAAGAGUCUAUGAGAUCCAGACUCAUCAUCCAUUUUUGUUCAAGGAAUUAGUAAUUUUAUUCUUUAAUGUUGUAUAAGCAGCCACAGAUCUAUGGUGGGGUGGCAUGGAUCUAGUGAUUAGGACCAGGGGGGGUAAAAUUCCCACCUACCUUUUUUUAAAAAAAAUUAAUAACUGAAUUAUUUAUUGUUAUACAAGAAGUGACAGAACUGGCAGGAUCCAAACUAGGAAACCAUUUCAUUUGUUUUUCUGAAAUUAACUAAAGAUUUUCUGAAGUCAACAAAACUGAGGUAUACAGCAAUCCAUUCAUGGCCUGAACUAGUAACUGAUUAUUUCUAAACAAAUACAAACAUCAAUUCAUGCAACAUGCACGGCUUGGUCCAACAGACCUAACCUGCAUUGGGCAAAUAAUGUUCACUAUAAUUCCAAAAUUACUAAACAUAUCUUCACAAAAUAUGGAAAGCUUUUAGUAAAAUGUCUGCUGUAUACAAAAAAUCGGAUGUUUUACAAAAUCCAAAAACCGUUGUAUUCAAGAUAUUUCUAUAAAUUGAUUAUGUUAGUCUGACUCAGACUCUGAGAAGUUUGACUGCAAGGUGAAGUUCAUGUGCUAAAUAUGAAUACAUUUUUCUCAUCAUACAAGUUUGCAAAUUGCAUUUGUAUAACUUCUUGAAUCUCCAAAAUGCACUUCUACAGUUUUUUUCAGUGUCCCUAUAUACUGUAUCUGGUAUUUACUAUCCUCUACCACAGACUGUUGAUAAAUCAAUGUAGAAUCAAAUGAACAGUUAACUCUAACAUCAAAUACCAUGUUGAAUUGCAAUCUGUAAAAUGUUAUGAAAUGUGCACUUGUACCCCCACCUGUGCACAUAGGGUUCAACAUUGCUGGUUUUUUUUACACACACACUUGCGAUGUGUUUAGACUUGAGAGAUUUAUUUCAUCAAAGGUCAAUAAUGUGUAGGACAUCUGCAGCUUUUAUAACAUAGACUUGUUACAGAAUCAAUUUCUCAUUGUUUGAAAGUUAGAAUACUUGUAAGAAGUAUGUUUUAUUGUUAGUGUCCAAAAUAAGCAAAAAUGCAAGUGCUAUGACUGUGUAAGUGAUGAUUGUUAAAAAAUUUUAAAACUGGCAUUAUGUUAAUGAAUGUUAAAAUAUGAAAUUAGGUGUAAGCUAUACUUUUUCUAAAUAUAAUUAUAACUAUUUAAAAUAAAAAAUUUGAAAUAUUUGUCUUUAACUGUUAUUUUCUUAAUUAUAACAUUGAGUUUAACACAGCAAGAAACUUACAGUACUUGGAGAAGGUUUUGUCAUCAUCAGUUACAAGUAGUUUACAUAAACACUGGAAUAUUUGUACAGUAUGAAACAAAGUCACAUGACUGUAGAUUGCAUAAGACUUAAUAAAGAUGUCUUGUUGAUGUUUGGGUCUUUGUUUAAAAUUAGUGCUUUUACUUUUAAUAGAUAUACUAUGGUUUUUAGUUGCAAUGUUUGUAAACAAGGUUUUUUUAUUAUGUUCACCAAAUAAAAUAUAAUCUUCAUCAUAUCAAAUAAGUUUAGUGAGUACAGUAGGCAUUUGCAAAAUAUUUUGACUUAAUUCUUUAUUGAAUGUACAUAUAUAAAUUGGCUAACUGACAACCUAACUGUGUGUAAUUGCAAUCAUGUUUUAAGUAAAAAGAAAUUAUUACUCAUAUUGUUGAAAAAUAUGCAGAAUACUGGAUAUUUUAAAAAGAAACAUAAUAGUGGUUGCAUGACCGUGUGUGUAUUCAACAUUAACAAUUCAUUCUCCAAGUAGGAAAAGCCUAUGAAACUUGUGGUAAAAUAGUUUUUAGACAAAAGUUUUUUAUAAAAUGUGCAAAUAGCGGCCAUCAAAUGAGGUCUAUUAUAGGAACUCAAGAGUAAUUUGAAAAUUACUUAAGAAAACCCAAAGCAAUGUGAAUGAAAAUAGAAAGAUUUAUACCAUGUUAGAAUAUUAUGUUGGUUGAAAAAGUUAUUUUAUUUUUGUGUGUAUGGGUUUAAGGGUGAAUGUAAUAAUUAUUCAAGUAACUUAAUUGGCAAAUACCAUUAAUUGUCUAGCUUUAGUAAUUUCUACUGAAAGAUAUAAGUAUUCCACCACUUUCCUAUCUUAGUCCAUUUAAUUAUCAAAUAUUGUCAGUGCAGUAAAAACAUAUUCAAUUCAUAUCUGAGCACUUAAAAUCUCUUUCAAUGUAACAGAGUUGUCAUGUAUUUGUAAUAAUGUAGUAAUAACUAAUAAUGAUCAGAAGUAUGUAAUAUAAUGCAACACACAUUUACUGUACCUAGAUGGUUGCUUAUACCAUGUUAUGUAUAUAAGUAAGGUACUUCCUACUAUAUCUGUAUAUUUUAGGUUGUUGCAGUAGUAUUUGUGCUAAGCAACUAUAAAAAGCUUAAAACCAAUAAAUUCAGCUAGUUAAAAUUAUAUUUUUUAUCUACUGAAGAAAUGUUGGCAAAAGGUUAUCCUACUGAAAUUUGCUUUAUAUAAACCAUUAAAAGAUUGUUCAACGAGAAACUUCUGUAUUCAAUCACCUUUAUUAGCAAAAUAUUUUAAGGUUAGCAUAAGAAAUGAUUAAAAUUUGGGUGUAUAUCACAGAAUGCAUGACUUCACAUUUCUUUGAAAGCUUUGCAAAAUUACCAAUUUUAUAAUUAAGUUUUAUUUGUAUUGUAAAUAGCGAAAUCUCAUUGGUUUCAAUGACAAAAGGCUCCUAUUCUUUGAAAUUUUUGUAGAAAGUUUAUUCAUUGCAUAUAUUAGUAUCAAUCAUAAUCCUUAUCUGGACUUUAUCUUGUAGUACAAAGGCUUCUGACUUUUCUAUAUUACUGUUAUUGAAAUUAAUACUAAUUUUGUCACCAAACUUUCCAAUUUUGUAAUGGGAAGAAUGCUCAUUUUGUAUAUUUUUCAGAUUUUGUAAUUGUCACAUUAUAUUUCUUAGUAUUGUAAAAAUUGCAAAGACAAUGUUUUUUGUGUAUUUUAUAGAGAACCAAUGACUGUAUGAUUGCUAGGAUUUCAUUUUAUUUAACCUGUGUGGUAAAAUUACCAAAGUAGUUGUUCUAAGAAUGUAAUUCUAAACAUAUUAAAGAUUUAAUUUUAGAAAAUGUGCUUUUAUAACAUCCUGGAGAACACAUUUUG